ACCCGUCUGCUGCAGUCUGCCUCAGCACCUUGACUGCCCGACAUGCCCUUGGAUACUUACGAUCCUCCUCUCGCAAAGAACUACUGUAGAAAUACAGAAACCACUAAACACUAGCAGAAGACAUCCUGGAUUGUUGUCAAUUUUACACUGCGCCUGAAUCUAAAGGAUUUGAUUGCUCGCUAAAUACUUUGUUGUUGUGCCUACUUUUCCUAAACCGACGUGUAUGGAUGUAUCAUGGCUACAUUUGCGUGCAGGGUGCAGUUUUUAGAUGAUACUGAUCCAUUUAAUAGCACCAAUUUUCCGGAGCCGACCAGACCCCCGAUUUUCACAUUUAGAGAGGAUAUUCCACUCAUCAAUCAGAUUGCUGGAGUACACAGACUUUUGAAAGCACCACACAAGCUCGAUGACUGUGCUUUACAGUUGUCUCACAGUGGCAGUUAUCUGGACCUGGAGUCCACCUUGGCCGAGCAGAGAGAUGAACUUGAAGGCUUUCAGGAGGAUGGAGGGAGGGGAAAGAAGCACAGUAUUGUCCUGAGAACACAGCUGUCUGUCAGAGUUCAUGCAUGCAUAGAAAAGCUCUACAACUCAACGGGACGUGAGUUACGAAGAGCGCUUUUCUCUCUCAAGCAAAUCUUUCAGGAUGAUAAAGAUCUGGUGCAUGAGUUUGUGAUGGCUGAGGGACUCAUGUGUCUUAUUAAAGUGGGAACCGAGGCUGACCAAAACUACCAGAACUACAUCCUUAGAGCUCUUGGACAGAUCAUGCUGUAUGUGGAUGGAAUGAACGGGCUUAUUGGACACAAUGAAACAGUUCAGUGGCUUUAUACAUUGGUGGGAUCAAAGUUCCGGCUGGUUGUGAAAACUGCUCUGAAGUUGCUUCUGGUAUUUGUGGAAUACACUGAGUCCAACGCACCCCUCCUCAUCCAGGCCGUCAACAACGUGGACACCAAGCGAGGCUGCAAGCCGUGGUCCAGUACCAUGGAAAUCCUUGAUGAGAAGGAUGGAAUGGACACUGAGCUACUGGUGUAUGCCAUGACCCUUAUUAACAAGACAUUGGCUGGUCUAGCCGACCAGGACUCGUUCUAUGAUGUGGUUGACAGUCUAGAGGAGCAAGGGAUGGAGACCAUGGUUCAGAGGCACCUUAACAGGAAGGGCACAGAUCUGGACUUAGUGGAGCAGUUCAACAUCUAUGAGAUGACCCUUCGUCAUGAGGAUGGUGAUGAUGAGGCUCAGCCUCCUCCAUCCGGACAUAAGAGCCGGCGUAGGGCCAGUGUGGGGGCCACACCGGAGAGGCGGGGCUUGGAACGACGACGCAGCCGAAGACACUCACUCCAAAAUGGAAAAGGCCACACCUCUGCUCCUACUUCCCCCUGUCACAGCCACACCCCCAACAUCUUGCCCUUUAAUAGCCAAAGAAUAGAGGAUAUCACCGAAAGAGAGGAGGAAGAGGAGGAGGAGAAAGAUGAGGAACUCAAGAAAACAGAGCUCUCUAGACAGGCAUCUGAAAGCUGGAUGGCAUCAACCAUAGAGGAAGCUUCUAGUUUGUGUUUGCCUUUUAAGUGCAUGGUCAACUUAAUUUCCAAUGCUGCUGACCCAGACAUUGAGGAAAACCUCAGGGGCCAGUCUGGGAUAAAGGUUAUCCGCAAUGCCCCAUUGUCUUUCCCUACCCUGACCCCUGAAUUGGGCCCCCUGAUAUCACCCAGACUGUCUUCUUGGGACUCUGUCAGGUCCGUGGAGGCCCUCCUAUCCCAGGGUUCCUCUGUCUCCUCCUCAGCCUCCACCUCCCCAAGCGAAGACCCCGUUUCCCCUGUCCUCCCUGUCCUCCCUCUUCUCUCUUCUUCCCUUGUCCCGUCGGAUUUGGAUGAGGUAGCUGUGGGCACCUUGCAAGGCGAGAACGGGCGAGAACCAGACAAGCACUGCAGUCUGUCAGAUAUUAGAUACUCAAACACAGCAUGCGGUUCUUGUGACAGCAAUGGUUUUGCAGGAAUGUAUCCUGGCAGGUCAGCAAGUGUAUCCAGUGCCCCCUCCACACACUACAACUGCUUUAGCUCCACAGGGGGUUCACCUGCAGAUAGUAAACCAGACAGGCCGACUCUGGGUGGUUUGUUAACCUCAUCCUACAGACAGCACCAAGAGUCUCUAAAUGCAGAACGUGAGCGCAGGCGCCUGGAGAGAGAGGAGAGACUACAGCGUAUUGAAAUAGAGGAGAGAAAUCGUUUCAACCGGGAUUAUGUGGACAAGAGAGAAGAGAUCAGACAAGCUCGAGAAGAAAGAUAUAAGCAAAUGGAGCGGCGGGCAGCAGAGGAGAAUGAAAGGGAUCGGACAAGAUCAACACCACGGGGACGAACAGAAAUCACCCUCAGCCUGUGUUCACGAACCACUACCAGCUUCUCACCCCGUUCUGUUACUCCUUUGACUAAAGACUCUCUGGAGGAUACAUCCUGUCUUCCUAUUCCAACACAGGGAACUGAAUCUGAGUCAAGUCGUCCUGUGCCAGCAGCAGUUGUGUGGUCUACCUCAGAAACCCCCUCUGUCUCAACGUCUGCCUCAGUGUCACCCUCCUUGCCAGAGGAGGACCAGAACUCUGUGGAACUUACAGACAUCACACUUUCUCUGUCUCAAACAAACACAGAGGCAGAGAGAUCUGAGGAAGAGGAGAAAACAGAGGGAGCUGAGGCAGAAAAGUGUGUGGAAAUUUUGAAUGGGAAGGAAGAUGAAAAUAAGGAAGAAGGGCCAGAAGGAAACUGUGAAGAAGAGACUAGUGGAACAGGUAGAGAGUGUGAGAGAGAGCAGAUAUUAAAGGAGAGUAUCGUCCUGAGUGAGAAGGAGAGGCAGAAUGAGGAACUGAAUGAAAAAGAUAACUGCUCUGCCUCCAGCAUCUCUUCAGCCAGCAGCACCCUGGAAAGAGAAGAACGAGAGGAGAAACUUGUCAGUGAUAAUGACUCAGGCCAGUGGACAGACUGUAAUAAUACAGCACACGUCAAUGAUCAAUGCAACAAAGUUCUUAACAGCAAAAACGUAAUGCUGGACAUGCUUUACCAAAGCAAGCCUGUAGGGAAAGAGGAACAAGUGAAAGAGAAAGAGAACGUGAAUGAGAAAGGAGAUUCAGGUCAGGACUCUACUGUGACCAAACUUGCUUGUCGCAUUUCCACACUGGAGGCAUGUCGGCAGGCGUGUGAGGAGAACUUGAAGAAACUGGAUGUGGAGCAUCUGGAUAAUCAGGGUAGUGUGCGAGUGGUGGCCGAGAAAUUUGGAGACUUGGUGAAAGGACUGGUGUCACCUCAUGAGGUGGAACAUUCUGGAAAAGAGAAACAGCAUCCACAGGAAAAGCCUCAAAGAGCUCCUUCACCAACACCUCCCAAAAAAGAGUCUGACCAAAUAUGGGAUCAGCUAAUGGCUGUGCCACGAGAGCUUCGCAUCAAAGAGUUGGAUUUCACAGAUUUGGGGGAGGAGGAUGAUGUAGACAUUUUGGACGUUUGUAACGUGAUUGGGUCAGGUGACCUCACACCACCUCCUCCUCCAUGCUUGCCCAAUCUUCCACCACCCUUGUUUGGAUGCCCCCCACCUCCACCUAUCUCUGGUAUGAUGAUGCCCCCUCCUCCACCAUUUUUAGCCUCAACAUCUCCCCCACAUCUUGGAUCUCCUCAACUUAGUCGAGGCGAUCCACUGCUCUUCCAGAAGAAAAAGAAGACCAUUCGUCUGUUUUGGAACGAAGUGAGACCGAUAGACUGGCAGUACAACAACCACAAGAGAUGUAAGGAAUCCUUGUGGUCCAAACUGGACCCGGUCAAGCUGGACACGGCCAAGUUGGAAAACCUUUUUGAAACAAAAUCCAAGGAGCUGCCUGCCACAAAGAAAACAGUAGCCGAUGGGAAGCGUCAAGAGAUCAUCGUUCUGGACUCCAAAAGAAGUAACGCCAUUAACAUUGGCCUGACGGUGCUGCCUCCACCACGCACAAUCAAAACAGCCAUCCUCAACUUCGAUGAGUAUGCCUUGAGCAAAGAAGGCAUAGAGAAAAUCCUGACGAUGAUUCCUACGGAGGAGGAAACGCAGAAGAUUCAGGAGGCCCAGCUGGCAAACCCUGACACUCCGCUGGGCAGCGCUGAGCAGUUCCUCCUCAUUCUCUCUUCCAUCAGUGAACUGUCUGCACGACUACAGCUUUGGGCAUUUAAGAUGGAUUACGAUGCCUUAGAGAAGGAAGUGGCAGAGCCACUACAGGACCUGAAGGAGGGCAUGGACCAAUUAGAAAAGAACAAGACACUGCGCUGCAUCCUUUCAACUCUGCUAGCUAUUGGCAACUUUCUCAAUGGGACCAACGCAAAAGGCUUUGAGCUCAGUUACCUAGAGAAGGUUCCUGAGGUGAAGGACACUAUUCACAAACAGUCUCUGCUCCAUCAUGUCUGCUCCAUCGUCGUGGAGAAGUUUCCAGACAGUUCAGAUCUCUACUCUGAGAUUGGAGCCAUCACUCGUUCUGCUAAGGGUGACUUUGGCCAGCUGCAAGAAAACCUCUGUCAGAUGGAGCGACGCUGCAGAGCAUCCUGGGACCACCUGAAGGUCAUCGCCAAACAUGAAAUAAAAGCAGCCCUUAAGCAGCGCAUGACUGACUUCCUUAAAGACUGUGCAGAAAGAAUCAUCAUUCUUAAGAUUGUGCAUCGCCGCAUCAUCAAUAGGUUUCACUCAUUCCUGUUGUUCCUGGGCCACCCGCCCUACGCGAUCAGAGAGGUCAGCGUCCACCGCUUCAAUAAGAUUCUGAGCGAAUUUGCGCUCGAGUACCGCACCACCAGAGAGCGAGUGCUGCAGCAGAAACAGAAGAGAGCCAAUCACCGCGAGAGGAACAAGACCCGUGGCAAAAUGAUCACAGAUAGUGGAAAGUUUGCAGGCACUCCUUUGGAGGGCCAGGACUCUCAGCCACAGGGUUUGGACUAUACUGAGGAUGCAGCUGAACAUGAGCAGAUGACUGCAGUACUUCGAAAUAGCCUGCAGGGCGGCGAUAGUGCCUCCUCAGUACUCCCUGGCCUCCGCACACGAACUCGAGCCAGCCGAGGCCAUAUGGCACUUUUGUCUGCUGCAAAUGAAGACACUUCAAAUUGCACAAAUGACACAGCAGAUGAGAUCAUGGAACGAAUUGUGAAAUCAGCCACUCAGGGCCCCAGUCAGUGCACACAGCCCCGCGAGAGGAGACGCUCCCGAGCCAACCGCAAAUCCUUAAGAAGAACACUGAAGAAUGGUCUUACACCAGAGGAGGCACAGGCCCUGGGAUUGGCCAGCAGCUCUGAGAUGCAAGUGUGAAAUGCUGAGGAUCUCGGCAAACACUCUUUCUCUCUGAAACACACAGAAAUACACAUCAUCUGGAAAGAGUUUGUUUUGAUGUUGAUCGUAAGCGGAGGCAUUUUUUCUGUUUGUUUUCUACAUGGUUUGUGUUGUCUGUGAGAAUACUUCACUACUAUACUUCACCUGGGACAUGUAGUCAAACCUUUUCUCCAUUUACUAGCCACACCCACAUUGGCAUAUUGCAGCAGUUCUGAACUGGUUUCGCUUAAGGAGCCAGAUUUUACAUUGGACAUCAUGUCGAGACCCAACACAGAACCAGAAAAUAUUUGUAAUUAAAAAUAUUAAAUUAGACAUUUUAAAAAGUGUAUAUUAUAUUACAAUGAUAUAAUAUAUUAUAAUAGUAUAAUUAACCACUGGCAUAUUGCUCACUGUCCCAAGGUAAGAGUUGCAAAUAUUUAGGAAUUCUUGAAACCACUCAGGUGCAACAUCCACUGAUUCUACUUUUGAGUGCUAUUCACCUGUGGACUGUUAACUUGAUAUACGCAAUAAACAUUUGCAUGCAUUUUUGAAAGAGAAAAAGCACAGUUGUUUACUGAUGCACAAUGUUUGUAGAUGCUUACACCUACUAGUAGUAUGCUGACUGUCUAGUUCUCCAGUACUGAGACUUAUGGCAGUCUCUUACCACUGUGGCCUUGUGAACCCAAAGAACUGUGUGUUGAAGAUGACUGGAUGCCCGCUCACCUUUUUUUUUGGUCAAAUGCAGAUUGGAUUAAUUAGUUGCA